UUUUCUGGCAAAAUUUCGUGUCUCAGGGCACUUCUUUCUCUACUGUAGUUCCCGCUCCCGAAUCUGGACUCUCUUGCUCUGCUCUGGCGUCGUCGUCAUGUCGAUUGAGCUUAAACUAUCUCGAUCAAACCGUAUCUAUCGCCCCUCUGAACCUCUUGAAGGAAAAAUCAUCACAAAAUUUCCUUCUUCGAUGUAUCACCAAGGAAUUCGCCUCACUGCCACUGGAACCGUUAACAUGCAGGUCCGUGGUGGAACGGCUGGGGUAAUCGAGUCAUUCUAUGGCGUUGUAAAGCCCAUCUCCAUAAUGAAUAGAAGUGUUGAAGUUAAAGCUUCUGGGAAGCUAGGUUCAGGUACAAACGAGAUACCAUUUUCCAUGACCUUGAGACAACAAGGACAAGAUAAUUCUGAACCAUUUUACGAGACAUUCCAUGGAGCAAAUAUCAGCAUCCAGUAUCUGAUAACUGUAGAUAUAAACAGAGGUUACCUGCAUAAAUCUUUAUCUGCCACAAUGGAAUUCAUAAUUGAAAGUGAAAAGGGAAAUCAUCUUGAGGCACCUGUUUCUCCCGAAAUGGUUAUCUUUUAUAUUACUCAAGACACACAAAAACAUCCAUUACUUCCUGAACUGCGAUCAGGUGGAUUUCGGAUCUCUGGGAAAAUCUCAACUCAAUGUUCUUUGUUGGGUGCUAUUAACGGUGAGCUGACAGUAGAAGCAUCUGCAGUUCCUAUACGCUCAAUUGACAUUCAUAUACUCCGAGUGGAGUCCGUCCUUGUUGGAGAGAAGAUUGUUAUUGAGACCUCUAUUAUUCAGACUACACAGAUUGCAGAUGGAGAUGUUUGCCGUAACAUGACUCUACCCAUCUAUGUUAUACUUCCACGUCUUUUGACCUGUCCAACAGUCUUCGCUGGUCCAUUUUCAAUUGAGUUUCAGGUAUCUAUAGUAAUCAGUUUCCGGUCAGAUCUAUCAAAACUGCAUCCAAAAUCUGAUCCCAAAACUCCAAGACUCUGGCUAGCAAUGGAGACCGUCCCACUGAGGUUAGUCCGAACCAGGCUUGACAAGUUGUAGUGCUAUCUUCCCAGU